AUGCAGACCGAUCAGCCACCCGAGAUGCCACCCAACCCGAAGGAUGAAUCCCGCACCCUAAAAAGCAUCAGAAAGAUAAUGGAGAAGCUAGAAGGUCGAAACGUCCUCAACUUCAUAUCCCCGUCUUUUUGCGAUACAAACAACAUAGUUUUGCUGCCCCUGGAUCUCGAGGCCAAACACCAUGGAAAGGGUAAAUCUUCAACUACUCCCCUGCUCUUCGAACCUCUUCCAAUCGAAGCUUUGCACACCUAUCCCAUCGACCCUCACCCCUACACCACAAUAGACAAGCGUGAAGACUCCUGCUACACUAUUAAAGACUACGCAACUAUCAAGAAAGACUCGUGCGAGUCAUAUCCGCCCUUUCGCUUGAAAGAAAUUGCCAUCAAGCUAGAAAGAUGGAUCCAUCUCGCUCCACGAACUCAUCGCUACUAUGCCGUGCCCGCUACUUUGACGCAUAUUGGGAUCUGGUAUCCGUCCAUCACAACCGACAAAUUGUACGCCCGGACAUCCAACAUUUAUGACAAGCUCGGACAAUAUCUGUACACGGUGAAUCGAUUUUUCGAAUGCAUAGAUGAUAAGUACCCAUAUAUCGUCAUGAUCACUCAACAUUGGUGCCAAGAGCGAUGUCCUGAGGACUCUAUGAUGCGAUUUGAGCUGCUGGGCAUACUUCAGACGAUGCGCACCCGUCUGGAGCAAGAUGAAAUAGACUCGGAAGGGAUGGUGCCUGUCCUCAUGGUUUCGUUUAUGAUACCCUCGCAUGCUCGGAUUCUGCAGGCACAUAUGCACAACGGGAAGUUGGUUGUGGCGCACAGCCGCAUUUAUAGCUUCGAAACUAUGCGUGAGGCGCCGAUGGAUCUGUUCACAAGAUGGCUGCUUUCGACUCCUGUUGGGUUUUUUAAAUAAACUGAAACGGACUACCAGUACCCUUGAGUUGAAUUGAUGGAUAAGAAGGACAAGUGGAAAGCGAUGGUGGUAAAUAGGAAAAGUUGAAUGGGAACCGAGGAGGCCUAUCUCGCAGAGAUUCGGCAGUUGCUUGCAAGAUCGGUCCUUCAGAUUAGCUUGGUAAUUUAGAGAUGGAAUAUCAAACGUAUCCAAUAAUAUUGAAACAUUAGCCGGUUUGCG